GAGUCGCAGCCUCUGUUGUCUGGGAUUAUCACCGACGCGGAGAAGCUGCAUUGCUGGUGGAAUUCCAGGCAGCGCUGACAAGUGCGGUGCUGUUAGGAUGGGUAGGAAACAUUGCUCUGCAGAUUAGCUGGGUGCAUUUAUUAAGCAGAUCCAAAAAAAGAAAAAAACGCCACCACAAAACAAAAAAACCCAACAGCCCACAGUGGAAGACCAGAGAUGGAUAAGAUGCCGUGCAGGAGUUUCCACCUGGAUGUGUGAAAUCCUGUGGAUGUGGUCGGCGUCCCUGAGAGCAGAGCGGGGUGCACAGGCCGAGUGCUGAAAAGAGGCAGCCUGGGAAGAGGCUGGUCCAGCCUCCCGGAUUCCAGGCGUGGAUUGCAAACCCACCAGGAAAAUGAGUGAAGAGACUGUCCCCGAGGCUGCCUCCCCGCCGCCCCCGCAGGGGCAGCAGGACUUCGACCGCUUCUCUGAGGACGACCCUGAGUACAUGCGCCUUCGUAACCGCGCAGCGGACUUGCGGCAGGACUUCAACCUGAUGGAGCAGAAGAAGCGCGUCACCAUGAUCCUGCAGAGCCCCUCUUUCAGGGAGGAGCUGGAAGGCCUCAUCCAGGAGCAGAUGAAGAAAGGGAACAAUUCCUCCAACAUCUGGGCCCUGCGGCAGAUCGCGGACUUCAUGGCCAGCACCUCCCACGCAGUCUUCCCAACAUCUUCCAUGAACUUCUCCAUGAUGACGCCCAUCAAUGACCUCCACACAGCCGACUCCUUGAACCUGGCCAAGGGGGAGCGGCUCAUGCGGUGCAAGAUCAGCAGCGUCUACCGACUCCUGGACCUCUAUGGCUGGGCCCAGCUGAGCGACACCUACGUCACGCUGAGAGUCAGCAAGGAGCAGGACCACUUCCUGAUUAGCCCUAAGGGAGUUUCUUGCAGUGAAGUCACAGCAUCCAGUCUGAUCAAGGUGAACAUCCUAGGAGAGGUGGUGGAGAAGGGCAGCAGCUGCUUCCCGGUGGACACCACGGGCUUCUGUCUGCACUCGGCCAUCUACGCAGCCAGACCUGACGUGCGCUGCAUUAUCCACCUGCACACGCCAGCCACAGCAGCGGUGUCAGCCAUGAAGUGGGGCCUCCUGCCUGUCUCCCACAACGCCCUGCUGGUGGGGGACAUGGCCUAUUAUGACUUCAAUGGCGAAAUGGAGCAGGAAGCGGAUCGGAUCAACCUGCAGAAGUGCCUUGGACCCACCUGCAAGAUCCUGGUGCUAAGAAACCAUGGAGUGGUUGCUCUAGGGGACACCGUGGAGGAGGCGUUUUAUAAGAUCUUCCACCUGCAGGCCGCAUGUGAGAUACAGGUGUCUGCUCUGUCCAGCGCCGGGGGAGUGGAGAAUCUCAUCCUCCUGGAGCAGGAGAAGCACCGACCCCAUGAGGUGGGCUCUGUGCAAUGGGCGGGGAGCACCUUCGGACCCAUGCAGAAGAGCCGGCUCGGGGAGCAUGAGUUUGAGGCCCUCAUGAGGAUGCUGGACAACCUGGGUUACAGAACAGGCUACACGUACCGCUACCCCUUUGUUCAAGAGAAAACCAAACACAAAAGUGAGGUGGAGAUUCCAGCCACGGUGACCGCCUUCGUGUUUGAGGAGGACGGUGCCCCGGUGCCCGCCCUGCGGCAGCACGCCCAGAAGCAGCAAAAGGAGAAGACCCGCUGGCUCAACACGCCCAACACCUACCUGCGGGUCAACGUGGCUGACGAGGUCCAGAGGAGCAUGGGCACCCCCCGGCCCAAGACCACAUGGAUGAAGGCUGAUGAAGUGGAGAAAUCCAGCAGCGGCAUGCCCAUCCGGAUCGAAAACCCAAACCAAUUUGUGCCUCUCUAUACCGACCCCCAGGAAGUGCUGGACAUGCGGAACAAGAUUCGAGAACAAAAUCGACAAGAUGUGAAGUCAGCAGGGCCUCAGUCCCAGCUCCUGGCGAGCGUUAUUGCUGAGAAGAGCCGAAGUCCGUCUACAGAGAGCCAACUGAUGUCCAAGGGUGACGGGGAUACCAAAGAUGAGUCAGAGGAGACGGUGCCCAACCCCUUCAGCCAACUCACUGACCAGGAGCUGGAGGAGUACAGGAAAGAGGUGGAGAGGAAGAAACUAGAACUGGACGGAGAGAAGGAAACAGCCACGGAGGAGCCUGGCUCCCCUGUCAAGUCUGCACCUGCUUCUCCAGCACAGAGUCCGGCGAAGUCAGAGACGAAGAGCCCCGUGGUCUCUCCCUCCAAGUCUUUAGACGAAGGUGCUGAGAAGACAGACACAAGCAAAGCCACCACAGAACCUGAAACAACGCAGCCAGAAGAGGUGGUGGUGAACGGGAGGGAGGAUGAGCAGACCGCAGAGGAAAUUCUCAGCAAAGGCUUGAGCCAGAUGACCACCACUGCCGACACGGAUGUCGAUACCUCUAAGGACAAAACCGAAUCGGUCACCAGUGGCCCCAUGUCCCCAGAGGGCUCACCUUCCAAGUCUCCCUCAAAGAAGAAAAAGAAAUUCCGAACCCCAUCCUUCCUGAAAAAGAGCAAAAAGAAGGAGAAAGUGGAGUCCUGAUUCGUAGCACCCUUGGGCUCCCAUCUGCAUCCUCUCUCUCCUCCCCUCCCUUCUCCCAUCUGUGUCCCUGGAAGCACAGGGCCAAGGAGGGAUAGAAUAGGACCCUGGAUCACACUCUGAGGGGGAACUUAGAGAUCGCCCGACCAACUCCUCAUUUUACAGUUGCCCCAAAGACAUCAGGUGACUUUCCCAAGGCCACACAGCUCGUUAGUGGCAGAGCCUGCACUAGAAUUCAGGUCUCCUGGCUCCCAGUCCAGUGCUCUUUCCACUACACAACACUGCCUAGCUGUGGGCUGCCUUUGUGAGGAUGCUGCCUGCUGAUCUGAGCCGGUGGCAAGGAGGCCAGAGUGGGCUGCAGGCUCUCACAGGCUCAGACUAAAUCAGACAGGUCAAGGCUCCCCCUCAGCAAGGUCCUUUUCCUCACGGGAACCCAAUC